AGCUUCAAUAAACAGUGAUUGGUAACUUUUGCUGCCUUUACAUUAGAAUAGAUUAAUGUCAUGCUUGCAAAAACUUUAGAAAUCAAUUGGCAUGACGGACAGGCUAUAUAUUCAAUCGACUUUUCUUCCGACGGCAUACGAUAUGCAACAGCUGGAGCAGACGCUUCUGUUAGAGUAAAGCGCGCCUUGUUGAUAAAACCCAACAAUGCCAAAAUAAGUAAUCAGUUCAAUUUUGAGACUUACAAAAAUUGCAAUUUUUUGCUUCGAUUUAGAUUUGGAAUAUCAGUAAACGUCUUGAUACAGUUGACACCGAAGCAAAGAAAGACAAUAAAAAACAAAAUAAUAAACGAGCGAUGCCUGUGAAUAUUGACUUUUUAUCCGAGCUAAAACGACAUUCUUCACCUGUCAAUGUGGUGCGGUUUUCACCCAAGGGAGAUUUGUUAGCAUCUGCAGGCGAUGAUGCUUGUAUCAUCAUAUGGAAGUUAUCGCCUAUUAAAGAAAAGUCUUUUGGAGUCGGGGAUAACGACGAUUAUGAAAAGGAGUCAUGGACCGUUGCGAAUAUGUUCUAUGGACAUAAUAAGGAAAUUUAUGAUUUAGCUUGGUCACCUUGCGGAAAUUACUUCAUAACAGCAUCCAUUGAUAAUACUGCUAGAGUAUGGUCUCUAACUGAAAGAACGUGUAUACACGUGUUUGCAGAUCAUACCCACUAUGUCCAAGGUGUGGCAUGGGAUCCCUUAGGACAAUACGUGGCUACACAAUCCAGUGAUCGAACGAUGGCUCUUUACCGAUAUAAAAGAAACCAAAACGGAAAAAUUACAUUCAACACACAUUGUUCAAAACGAUAUACCAAAAUACAAAAGGGGAAAAUAACAACAUCAUCAAAUACUACAGCAACAGUGGGUUCUAUAACAAACGACAACCAUACGGCGCCAACAACAACACCAGCAACAUUUUCCUAUAGAAUCUUUCACGAUGAGAAUCUGGUAUCUUUUUUUAGAAGAUUAUCAUUCAGCCCCGAUGGGGCACUUUUAAUUACACCAGCAGGUUUAAAUAAAGUGAAGGAUACAUCGACAGCAGGCAGCGAAUCAAAUAAGAAUACUGACAACUUGUCUGAGGGAGAUGAGCUAGAAGAAGGAUUCGCAAAUUGUGCUUACAUAUUUGCUAGGAAUAUAUUACUGAAACAUCCGCUCGGAUUGAUUGGUAACUAUUCAAAACCUUCCAUAGCUGUUCGAUGGUGCCCUCAAUUAUUCAGCAAACGAGAAGCGGCCAGUAUGCUUGCACUACCUUACCGAAUGCUGUAUGCUGCAGCGACUCAAGAUUCAGUUUAUAUUUAUGAUACCCAACAAUUGCGUCCAAUCUGUAUGAUGUCAGGAAUGCACUUUGCUUCAAUAACAGAUAUUUCUUGGUCUUGUGAUGGUUCAAUGCUAAUGUUCAGUUCAGCGGAUGGAUAUUGUUCAGCUGCUGUAUUUUCAGAAAACGAACUAGGAGUAAAGUACGAGAAGCCGCUCUCUACAUUAUUGGAACACGAUAUUGAGAUGAUGGAAGUCGCUCAACCUAUUGUGCCGAAAACAGCUGUACCUCAUCAAAUUUCAGCAGCUUCAGCACAACCGCAACAAUUACAAUUACCUUUCAAAAGGAAACCUGUUAUGGCCGAAACAACCCCUCCAACUGCUAGUAACAAUAGCAGUGACGCAGGCCAAGGCCAACAACAACAACAGAACAAUUCAAUAAAUGCAGCAAAACCGAAAAAACGACGAAUUGCGCCCAUACUGAUUAGUGCUCCUCUACAGUCUACGCCGUCUCUACCGUCGCAUACCCUCAAUAAAUAAAUUGUUGUUGAUGCUAGCUGCACAUAAGCUUACGGUAGAAGGUUUCAGCUGGCACAGUACAAAUGUAUUCACACAGAGUAUCAAGCGACCUUUCUGGUAUCUUCUUUUCUAACAAAGAUACCACAAUUGGAAUUGCUCUGGAAAUAUCGAAUACCGUCUACUUUCCCAUCGGUAUUGCCCACU